CGGCAGCGUAUUGACCGGAAGAGAUGCCGGAGCUGCGCGCCCUGAAAGCAGGAAAGGGGUGGAGUUUACCGCCAGCUAGCGCAUGCGCUGUGAAGGACAGAGGCCCUGUAUCCCCCCCGGAGCCGUGUUAGAUUAUGGACUACAUGGACGUUUUCUGCACGAUCCGACGCACUGCGAGAAAACGCCUGCAACAGAAAUAGGUUGCAGGGUAAAACUGCUCAACAUGGCCAAUGCUGAGGUGACAGUCCCCAUGGGAGACGUGGUUGUGAUUCCCAGUGAGUGCACUGAGGGGGAAGAUCCAGAGGAUACCAAGACACAGGUCAUCCUUCAGUUGCAGCCCAUACCUCAUGGGAUUUACGAGGAUAUGUCUGACACCAAUGCAGCUGUUGUUUCACUUGAGACCCACACCUUAAAGAUGGGUGACACCAUAGAUGGUGACACUGUGGAGCUGAGCGAAGACAUUGAUAUUGCUUACCCAAUAACCUGCGGGGAAAGCAAGGCUGUCUUGCUGUGGAAGAAAUUUGUGUGUCCAGGAAUCAAUGUUAAAUGUGUUAAGUUUAAUGAUCAGCUGAUCAGUCCAAAACAUUUUGUUCAUUUGGCUGGAAAAUCCACCUUAAAGGACUGGAAGAGAGCCAUUCGUCUUGGGGGAACAAUGCUAAGAAAGAUGAUGGAUACUGGCCAAAUUGACUUCUACCAACAUGACCGAGUCUGCACUAACACGUGUCGCAGCACUAAGUUUGACCUGCUGAUCAACAGCGCUCGUGCCCCUGUACCUGGACAGGGUACUAUAGUGCAGACUCCCAGCACCACAGAAGGCAGCCUUUCAUCUGUAACUGUAUCAGAACAGACAGUGGAGGAUACUGCAAUCGAGUGGGGCUCAGGUCUUACUGCCACCUUGCAGAUGAACAGAGAGGAGAGAACCAAGAAGGAGGGGGAGGAGAUAUCUGAGGAGACAUUGCUGUUUUGGAAAGGUAUCUCUGAUGUGGGGCUAAUGGAUGAAGUAAUAGACAAGAUUCAUAAUGAGAUUGAGGAACUUUUAAGCUGUGUCCAGCAGCGAGCAGGACAGAUUCCCUUCCAAGUGUCAGAUGCCACUGUGCUCAAUAACAUUUCUCAAAGCUUUGGAUUAUUGGACUCUGUGAAAAAAGUAUUAGAACAAAAGAAAAAUCAAACUGAUCAAAGUGAAGAACAAUAUCAUUAUACAUUAGCAGAACUGGAGCGACAGCUAGAGGAGCAAAAAAAGCAAGAGGGCAGCAAGUCCCCUCUUCUUCAAAAUGUUGUCUUGAUGCCUGUGAGCACACAGAAACCACCAAAAAGACCACGUCUCCAGCGUCCAGCUUCUGCUGGUUCUCUGAACAACCCUUCUUCCCAGCCCCACUAUACUGUAUUGUCCCCCUUAACACUGGCACCAGUUGGUCAGCAGUUCUCCUUGGGUGGAGUACGCUAUGCCACUGUACUGGGUAGAGCUGGAUCCGGGGAUACGCUGGCAGUACUCACAACUGAUAUGCAAGAAACAGGCGAACUAACUGGAGUAAUGAGCCCUGUAGAGCUAGUAGCCAUGGAUACAGGACUUGGUCAAGAUGAGGUGGGUGAAGAAGGCCAAACAAUCAUACAGAUAGAUCCAGCACCUGACCCAGAGGGUGGAUCCAAAGUGAUGGAACUGGGAGAUGGAAAAGUCCUAGGUGUCACUCCUGAUGGGAUGCACAAUGUGGAGAUUGUGGUCCUAGAGGAAGACUAGAGUUGAGGGCAGUUUUUCAAUGGUCCAACGUAGCAAGAAUCAUAAAUGGUGACCCUUUAAGGAGAAGCAAAGUGAAAUAUUAAAAUGGCCGUAUCUGGUAAGCUUGUUAUACCUCUAGAUUUGGGAAUGAACAUUUUGAAGUGAGAAACUGUUCUGCUAGACUCAAGGAAAGAGAAACUACAAGCCUAAUUCUCCUUUACCACAUUUUCUGUAUAUAAAGUAUGUACAAACAAAAAAAUGACUGUAGAAAGUUAUUGACCUUUUUUGUAUUAAUAUACAUAAUUAAUUUUAUUCUUUCUGGGUGUCUUUAUUCAGUAUUAUACCCAAAUACUGAGAACAAUUCAGUAUAAUAUGGUGAAUUCAGUGUAAUGCUUUCUUGCAUAAGCGUCCGAAUUCUUUGCAAUUCUGUAUUACCAGGGACUACACAAAGAGCCACAACUGCUUAGGUUUCUGAACAGCACUGAAUAUAUAGUCCUCUCCACUUUUUACUAUGUCAGACUAAAUUUACAUAUGUUUACAUAUAUAAAUUAAGUGCUACUUAUUGCAUUUAGGGGCAGAUUUAUUAGGGGUCGUUUUGUAAAUUCAAAUUUUCGGGGAAAAAAAAUUGGUGAAUUGGGAAUACUCCAAACUUUAUGUAUAAGUCAAUGGGAGAGGUCCAGUGAACCUUUUGAAGAUGUUAAUAGCCUUCCUGACAUUCGAGUUCUUUUUUUGAGAAAAAACCUCGAUGCGAGUUUUCGGGUUAGUAAUAUUAGUUUGAGUUUAAGAUAUAAAUUUUUUUUUUCAUUUUAAAGAAAUAACCUCCCAAUCGAAUUUUAAGUAUAUUUCAGCUUAUUAGAGUUAAAAAAGUCACAUGAAUUCGAAAUUCGACCUUUGAUAAAUGGACCUCCCAGUGUUUAAUACCACUCAAACAUUCCUCUUUCGCUUGUCUUUAUCUAUUGAAUUAAUCAGUUUGGACCUUAAAACAGGGAAACUGCUAUUUUUACAGUUGUAUAUAUUCACGGUAUUUUAAUUGUGUGAUGUGUGGAAGAUUAAUAUGCAACUUAAAAUGUAUUUGUAUGUUUUUAAUUUUACUACGGACACUGAACACACAUUCAUCCAAUGUCCUCGACCCCACUGCAAUUUAGAAUAAUAAGCUUCCAUACACAAGAGGUAGACAGAGUAAAGGAGAUGAUGUUAGGUGGGAGGCAAAGUUGAGGCUAGGACCACAAGGGGCUGUUCUCAGCCCCUGCUGCUGGCAGUAGCCUUCCUCUUCUGUUCACGUCGGAAACCAUUGUUUUGGCUCCAAGGGAAGAACACACUCGGCGGAUUUUGGCCAUGUAACGCAAGACUUUGCAUUUCUCGCUAAGAUCUGCAGAAUGUGUUUGUGGCAGAGCUGAAUGGUUCUGGAUGCAAAGAAAAAGAGGCUACUGCCUGUGGUAGUGGCUGAUUUCAGCCCCAUGAAGCCAUAGGACUACAAACACCAAAAAUGGCAUUAAUUAAACCUGUGUUUACAUUCAUCUUAUUCAGUUCCAUCUGUUCAUGUAAACAUUAUAUCUGAUGUAAAAGUUUUGUAUCUACGUUCAUUUACUGGCUUCUUUUAUCUAUUGUCUAGCCAGCCUAGUCUAUACUGAUCAGUGGACUUUAGAUAAUGUGUAUUCAUGAUUUGCCCCAAAAAACUGUACCAGAUAAACUAGAGGUACUGUCAAAAUAAAAUAUUCUUUAUAGAA